AUGGCCCUCGUCGCUUAUCCGGACUCUGCCUCGGACGACGAGGGGACGGAGCAUGAUAAGACCCCCGUCCACCCUGUUCAGCCUGCACACCCGCCUACCAAGCCUGCUCCCAGCGAUGCUCUGCCACCGCUCCCGCCAGCUUUCCAUGACCUCUACGCGGUAAACGCCCGCGUCAGCACUAGCGACAAUCCAGACCUCCACGGCGGGCGUCGACGUGCUGUGCCACAUAUCCAGGGCAAUUGGCCCAGUCACGUCUAUCUAGAGUGGAUACCAACACAGCGUGAAUCCGUUGCUCUACUCGACUUGAUAAAGCACGUGAAGAGUGUACUCGAACUUGAAAACACCAAGCGUGUAAAGAAGUUGCCAGUACCAGAGGACAUUACGCCUUCGCUUCAAUCAGACCUAGGCGUGCCGUUGCCUCUGCAUGUAUCAUUGUCGCGUACGCUGCAAAUCAAGACCGAGGACAGAGAAACAUUUCUCGACACUCUCGGCGCUUCUUUGCGACGAUGCGCAGUCUCCGUAUUCAAUUUCGAGUUUCAGGGCCUGAAAUGGGUGCCCAACUUUGAGCGCAACCGGUGGUUCUUAGUACUUGCCAUCAAAAGACCAGAGAACGACGAGUUAAACAGCCUACUCCAUGCAUGUAACCAAGCUGCUAAGAAUACCGGACAUCCAGCCUUGUACACCGGCGGUGCGGGAGACGGCCCGAUGGAAGACGUCGACCAUGACCACAGGCCAAAGAGAAGGAAGGUCGACAAGAAUGACACCCAGACGCAUGAUUAUUCACCAUAUUUCCACGUCAGCAUAGCCUGGAACUUGACUGAGCCUGACGCUGAAUGGACGGCUCUAAUUCAAAAAAUCAACGCCACCAAGUACAUUCAGACACCAGAUGCUGUGUUUGACGCGGUAAAAGUAAGGAUUGGCAACGCAGUCCACAAUAUCCCGUUGGCCGCCAAAAGACCUGGUUUAGGAAAAAGUGGACGAGCGGGCUUGGGCUUGGGCUGA